AUGCAGCGCGUCCCUCGACGCGGCGUGUCCCGCGUGGUCCACGCGCGUCGCCUGAGCAGUCUGCGCGACCAGGCGCUGCGUGUCAUGGGCGACAAGCUCCGCGCGGGCCUCGAGACGAGCCCGACCCUGUGGCUGAGCGCGUCCGCUGUCAACGAGCCCACAGUGUCGAUUCUGGAUCCUUCUCCUGGCUACGCGCUCGCGGGCGACGAGGGGCCCGAGCAGCUUCGGCACCUCAGUCCGGACUUUGACACACCCGUGCGUGGCGUCAACAUGCAGCUCGCGUACCUGGCGACGGACCCGAGGAACCUGGUGGACCCGUUUACGCUCGUGGAGAAGGACAUGGCGGGCGUCACGGACAGUAUCAAGCGCAUUCUCGGCUCGGACCACCCCGUGCUGGCAGCGGUGGCCCGCUACUUUUUUGAGCACGACGGGGGCAAGAAGGUGCGCCCUACCAUGGUGCUACUGAUGGCACGGGCUGCCGAGGCCCACCGCCGCGCUGUGGGCACGCCAUUGCCAGAGACCCAGUCGGAAGAAUACACGUUUGCAGCCCAGCAACGACUUGCUGAGAUCACUGAGAUGAUCCACACGUCUAGUCUGAUGCAUGACGACGUUAUUGACGAAGCCGAUACGCGCCGUGGCCGCCCAUCGGUCAAUAAGAUGUUUGGCGGCAAGAUGGCUGUACUGGCGGGCGAUUUUCUGCUCGCGCGUUCGUCCGUGUUGCUGGCUCGUCUGCGCAACUUGGAAGCCAUUGAACUCAUGUCCACGUCGAUUGAGCAUCUGGUCAAGGGCGAGAUCAUGCAGAUGAAGAAUGCUGACGCUCGCGACGAUAUCUCUCCGUUCGAGUACUACUUGCGCAAGAACUACUACAAGACAGGCUCGCUCAUGGCCAACAGCUGCAAGGCCGCGCUUGUGCUCGGAAAGCACGACCAGCCCAUCUGCGAUCUGGGUUUUGCAUUCGGUCGCCACAUUGGUCUUGCCUUCCAGCUAGUAGACGACGUGUUGGACUACGAAGGCGUCAACACAGGCAAGCCAUUGCUGGCUGACCUUAAGUCUGGCCUAUCAACGGCUCCACUGCUGCUGGCACAAGAAGAGUAUCCGGUUCUCCGUGAGCUAUCGAAGCGAAAAUUUGCGAAGGGGGGCGACAUCGAGAUGGCCAGCGAGCUGGUGGAAAAGAGUACAGGCAUUGCACGAUCUAAAGCUCUGGCCAUCGGCCAAGCAGAGCUGGCAGCCCAAGCAGCCAUGCAGUUCGCUCCUUCAUCCGAGCGGGACGCCAUGGUACGGCUGGCGCAGCUGGUCGUGGAUCGAUCCAAAUAG